AUGCCAAAGAGGGAGGCUAGAAGGAAGCCGGAGGACUACUGUCAGAUGAAGCCUCUGAGGGACUGCCUGGCCCAGAACGAGGGCAGAAUCGAGAAAUGCAUAAAGGAGGUUGAGCUGUUUGAGAAGACCUGCGAUUCUAAUCGGCCGUACUUUCACACAAAGGAGAGCAUUGACGACAGCAAGAGUGGGCUUUACACCGGCAAGCGGCACUUGUGA